GGCGGAUUCGAGAAAUUCCAUCGCAUUUAAAAAGAAGUAGUAAUAUUUUUCGAAAUACACAAGUCUGGUCUCGUACCUACACUUCUCAAUUUCAACACGAUGAAUGAAGAACAGCUCGCCCGCGUCCUUAGACGCGAUCCCAACAUCAACGUCCCCCGACCUCAAUAUCGAAGACCCGAACGAACCCAACCUCUCAGAUGGGCUCGAAGCACUCCCCACACCUUGAAGCAAAGAAUAUUACCACUCUACAGGACGAUCCGUACAACCGAGCCCCUAAAAUGGAUCCCAGAUGAACAUUUAAAGACCGCAUGGCCAUUCCUUCCUAAUCGACCCCCCGUAUAUCCCGAGCUUCCCGUGAAGAAACACGGUCGUGAAGAACUCGAGAUUGAAGAAGCAAGGAAGAGGCAAAAGGCGGAGAGACGUAGAGCCAAAGCAGAGGCAGCAAUCGCGAAAUUAACUGCUCCUCCAGCACUCAAGCCCGAUAUCUUUCCUCUAUCUCCACAAGCUGCUCGCGCGCCCAGACCGAAAGAUCCAUCGACGGAAGAGAUACGCAAAAAAUGGCCGGGCCCUGGAGACUUUGAAUUUAAUUGGAAGGAUAAUCCACACAAGGAUCACAGUAUGGCGGUAAGAGACAGUAUUCCGAAUGACAUGUACGAGCCUCCAAUUGUCAGGGCAAUGCCCAAUCGAAAGCCUUUGAACAAUUCUACGAUAAAACUACCAUUCGUGGAAGAUGCCACCGUCUUUUAUCCGAGUAAAAUACCUGGGAGUGGAGAUUGCUUUUUUGGUGCAGUUUCCAUGGCUUUGUAUGGAACAACCAUGUAUUGGCACUAUACAAAGUACUGUCACUUGUGGUUCUUUCGUUACGUGCUCACACAUCCUGCGCAUCCGCGACAUAGCUUUUAUUGGCAUAUAAAUUCUAUUGGGGACGCUAAUGGCCAGAUGAAUACGUGGCACCGAUUGAGUACUCCACAUGCCUGGCAAUUAAGCGCGCUCUUCAAUGUCACAGCCGAUAUCUACAACCUCUUUGUAGUACUAUACGAGGCACCCCAAGCGAUCGAUCUAUUUGGCCAAUACAACGCGACGCACGUGUUCUUCCACCUCAUCAAUAGGAAUCAUUAUGAAAGUUUGAUCCCCAAAGAUAAUGAGGUCCUAUUUCCAUUUCCAGAUGGCAUUAAGAUCAAUCCCAGGCCUGGAAGAGCAAAGAUACGGCCUCCCAGCGGACACGGCAAAAACAUUGUGCCGCCACCUAUUGCACUGCCAAUCAUUCCACGCCCAUCAUUGAUGGAUAUGACUCGGGUUCUUGGAAUCAAUACGAAAGGUGGAGCUCUAGAUAUGGAUGUAGUCAGAACCGGGCUCAAGAGAGAGAGAGCGUUAGCAAGAAAGCUGAAUGAUCCUGGAGAGAUCAAGUGGUGGUUGGCAGCCGAGGCCAAGGAAAGGAAAGCAGAAGAAGAUGAAUGGCUUGCCAUCAUAGGAAAAGUGCCAUCUUCAAAUCAGGGCAAAUUGCCGACGAACGAGGAAUUGGCAGCAAAUCUCUCCAAAACAUUGGGAAAGGGGAAGAAGCCGGGGCCAGGAGAGGUUCAAAAGGAACCUGAGGGCGAUAAGUUUACACCGGGAGGAACGAAAAAGAAAAAAUUCACCGGUUUCGGUCUUGAUAGCGAUGACAGUACUGAUGACGAAACAGAAAACCCGACAGGUGGUUAGUCGCCGAAAGGGAAGAACAAACUCCCGUAAAUCCGGAUAAGAAGCCUUCUCUCAAGACGCCCCACGGUAAGGGAGCAGGGGAAAAACCACCUAGAUGGUAAGAGAUAAUAUCUUGGA